AUUUUAAUGGGGAAUUCUUACAUUAGUUUUGACAGAAAGUAACUGGAAUAGUCUUUGACAGGAAACUAAAGAGAAGUUCAAUUCUUUUCAGAAUUUAGCUUCUUAAUUUGAAGUUUUGUCUUAGAUCAAAAGACACAACUUUUGUCUUACAUCAACUUUACAUUUAUCUAGGGUUUAGCAAAAUAGUUGGAGAGCACACAUGGUUGUCAGUUUGAAAUGUCUCAUUUCCUGUCAGUGAGGAAAGCGUUGGUUUCAACAUCUCAAAAAGGUGGGGUUAUUUUCUGCUCUUAGUUCCUGCUUUUUUCAGUCAACAUUAUAUGUUAAGCCUAACAGGUUAAUAUUCGAACUAUUAAUACAUCUUGACAACAAACCCGGGUUAUCCUUGUAGAGUCACAGUGUGAAGCACCAGGGGUUUGUAACAGAAGUUCCGAGGCCAAAAUGACCAGCUUUACCUUCAUUCUUUUUCUGCCAAUGGCAGCAAUCAGCACAGUAAAAUCUGAGCUGCAAAUCAACACCACAGACGUGACAACAGGCAACAUGACCCAAAACACCCAGUUGGCAACACGACAGCCAUCAACUUUGGAACAGCUGUCAGAGAUCCCGUCCGUCAACACUACAACAACUACCAGUGUUGAUAGGACUGCACCAGAGGACCCAAGAAUCUCUACUCCUUCACUGCACACAACUCAGAUGACGCUUCCAGGAAUACUUUCAGUAAAUACUGAGAGAGCAUCAACUCUCACCAGUUCAUCAAAUACACCAACUGUUAAGUCUAACGUUUGGAAAUCCAUAACAACGAUUCUGACUAGUCAGACAAGCCAGCGAAUCAACAAUUCAAAAGCACCCCCGAUGCUAAGCAGCAUUACACAAAACCGCGGCACACAGAGAAUAUCAACCUCACAGACCAAGUUAAAUGAAGUGACUUCCUCAUUUAUACCUUCAUCCACAUUGAUGGCCAUUCAUACGAAAACCACAUCUAUCAAGCCUGAAGAAAGAAAAUCUAAAAGUACCAAGCGAGUUCCAGGUGUUGACACAACCCAACCCUCCACCUCAGAGACGUCAAUCAUUGACAAGGCAGAGAAAAAAGGUUCACAAGACAGCAAAGUUGUGGCAGCAAUAAUAGGUUCAAUGCUGUCACUGAUGAUUGUGGGAUUUCUGCUCAUAUACAUCCGCAAACAUAGACUUCAGAAGGAGCAGACGACUACUAGCUGGGCAGGUCCUUCGCCACUACUGGAUGGGGAAGCUAACAAUGGCAAUGUGGUAUUGGGAUCAUCCAACCGAAUUUCCCUGAUCAGUUUUCUGCCUCAAAGACUUUCAAAGACAUUCUCUUUACUUCCAGAAACAAAUGAGAUGACAGAUAUCACGUCAAGCGCCACAUUAGAAGAAAAACACCAAGGAAGCACCUUUGGUCAAACUAUCGAUGGAAAUGAUGCACAGGAAAAAUAGUUUGCAGCUGCUGUUCUAGAAGAGAACACUGGAAGUGAAACUGAAGAGACAGCUGUAAUGUCUGCCACAGAGAUCUCUUUAGUGAACCAACAGUUGUCCUCAGACACAGUCGUUCUGGUAUUUAGAGUUUUCAGCUUUCACGGAAAAACAAAAGGUGGCCAUACAUGGUCAUAAGGCCUCUUAUUAAUCUGAAAGCUGUAUGCAGUUAGUGUCCUGUCUGAGACUGGAUUUUGGGGCACUGUGAACAUUUGUAUCAUGUUUCUUAAUCAACAUUAAUACAGCUAUUACCUGGAUCAUUGUGAUCACAUCAGCACACAGAAACUAAACCUACAAAAUCAAAAAAUAUGGCUAUCAGAAAUUAUCUGAAUCUUUUUUUCUUGGGGAAUUUAUUUGGAUAGUACAAAAUGCAACUCCGUAUGUUUAGAUCUAUCUUGCACUUUAAUGAAAAGCAGAAGGAAGUGUUGUAAGAGGAACACACAGCAAGAUACAAUGUUGCCGACAUGCCACAUGCUUGAUUUGCUCUCCACACAGUAAUACAGAAUGCACUGUGAACAAAAGAUCUUCAGAACACCAUCAUGAGACUAUAUGCUAGGAAAUAUAAACUCAAUAAGCAGGAUAUCACAAACGAGUUUAGAUUUUAGGACCUAGAAAACUAAAUAUGGAGUUUUUGAAUCAGGCAUUUCUUCUUUAACCACUUCAAGGAUGUUUUAUGAUAAAGUGCAACACAAAUGCUUCUUUGUCAGAGCUCUGUUUAGAGUCAGCUGUGUUAUGAAAUGUUGAAAUGGUUGUUCAAUAUGAUGGAUAGGUGGAUGCUUUAUUUGUCAAUGUGGGAAAAUGAAUGUCCAUCCAUCCAUUAAAUCUAUUAUAUUACACGCUUAAAAAAUUAGUUCAGGCAUGUGUUAGUCCACUUGCUUUGAUCUAUUCAAUUCUAUGAUAAAGAGAAAGAUUGAUACUUUAUAAGGUGGGUUAUCUAGAGCACACAAACUUAUUUUUUAAAAAGUGAAACCUGAUCAAAUUUAUGGAUUGUAUUCAAUUCAAAAAUGGUCAAAUUAUGUACGGAGCAAAACAACGGUUGCCAGAAAAUAAUAACAAAAAACCUCUCCCAAAGAAGAGGUUUAGGGGAGAAGAAAAUUUUAGAAAACAAGAUUAAAUUUUGUUUAAUUUAAUUUUGUUUAAGGAAACAAAGCAUGGACAAAAAUUAGAAUAAUUUGCAACAGUUCUUUACGCUGUGUAAAUUUCAAUACAUUUUUAAAAACGACUAGUGCAAAUACAUAUGAAUGAAAGCGUUUUAAGUGCAAAAUGGGCUUCCAUUGGCAUGUUGUUGGGUGAUUUUAAAUGAGUGCAUGUGUUAUGUAUGUAUAUCGCAUUAUAAAGAACAGAAAAUAGUUUUUGGUUGUUUUGAAGUUGUACUGCCAUCUCACAGGAGUAUGUUGAUUAUGCAGAUGCUGUAGACUAGAGUCUAAUGAAGUAUUUGUGUAAAUAAUUUCUUUGAAAGUGUAAAGUGAAUAUUUGUGACAUGGAGAUCAAAUUGCAUGAAAAAAUAUUUAUAGCUUGGGAAGUAUUUGGAUCCUUUAUUCAAGACUGAAAUGGACAAGAAACUGGAUGAGUUAGUUGGAGCUAAGAUUUAAUAAACGUUGGUGUUUUCCUAUGCCUUUUCAAACCAAGUGUUAAAGUUUAGUUUCUGUAUUUGGUUACUAUUCCUAUUUUUUUGUCAUUAUUUCUCUAAGUUGACAUUUGUUUUUAAUGUUGGAAAUAAAAUGACAUUAUCAUCGUCA